AUGGAUAUUCAAGGCAAUAUUCAGCCCGAUCGUGUGCGCAAGCGCCGUCGCCGUACAAUGGCGUGCACCCAAUGUCGCACGCGGAAGUUGCGAUGCGAUCGCGAGUAUCCAACUUGCAGUCGGUGUUUGAAAAGCAGAACCCCGAAUAAAUGCACAUAUGAAGAUGGCUUUUUAUGGCAGCAGCCCACUACUGUCACCAAUACUGCAUUUACCUCCGACCGAGGGUCUGCGGUAUCCAUGUCCAGAGAUACGCCAAUAGAGACACCUCCGGAUUCGGGGAUACCGACGGUGUCAACUCGGACGGAAACUUUCCCAACUAGUGAUCCACCUCGUAUGGCUAUGGCCGGCGGUCCAAUGCAUCACCAGUAUCAUGGCCUUUCAGGCCAUGCUCUUGCACCUCCCUACAGAGGUGGACCACACGAUAGGGAGCGAAAGGACUGCUUUUUGGAAACUGUUCUCGGCGCUCCUAAGGCUGCUGUUAAUCAAGAAACUUAUCUGAACACGGGUGUUCUACAGCGUCCCAAGCGUCCGGCCCCCGUAUCGGAGCAUGGUUUGCGGGCACGGUCGCAGGUCGACGAUGUGCACAUUGACGAAGAAGAGGACCCGUUGUCACCUACGGACCAGCUCGACCUCGCUCCUCGCAUGAUGAUGAGGGGCCGUGAAACUAAAACGCGGUUUAGCGGGUCAGGCAUUUUUGCCAGUCUAGUAGCACAGUUUCCGGAUAUAAGAUCGUUUGCAGAGGAGAUCAGGCUCUCUACCCCGGUUUUCGCGCAACUUCAGCCGGACCUGAGAAGGAUUAAGCGCGGCCUAUUCAAAGUUAUGGUGAUCACUCGGCCCUUUCCGGACCCUACUACCGCUUCACUAAUUAGCAUGAUGCCCUCGCGUGGUGUGGUUGAUGAGCUGGUUGGGUUGUACAUCACUUAUAUAGAGUCCACUCACCGCAUUCUUCACGUUCCAUCCUUCUUACGAGAACUUGAGCAAUUCUGGGCCAUGUUAGACAGCCCGGCUUCAAUAUCUGCUGCCUUUGCAGUUCAAUUAUUGUUGGUCCUUUCUUGCGCAUGGAACCUUGCAGAUUUUGCUAGUCUGCAGUCAAAAAGUGCGGGCGAACUCAAGUGCCAGUCUGCAGUGGAGUGGACGCUGCACGCAGGGAAAUGGAUCGAGAAUCUUCACACGAAGCGUCCUGAGAUCACAUCAAUGCGACUCUCUAUUCUGUUGAUUUUGGCACAUAACUCCCACGGAAUGAGGCGCAGCCAGGCUUGGCUCACAACCAGUACAUUGGUCAAGCAAGCAAUGAUGGCAGGAUACCAUCGCGACCCCAGCCGGUACACACAGAUCUCCGUAUUCAAUAAGGAGAUGCGACGGCGAAUAUGGACAACCAUUGUGGAACUGGAUCUGCAGAUUGCUCUUGACCGGGGAAUGCCACCGUCAGUACAAAGCUUCGACUAUGAUGUGGCUCCGGGUCUAAACAUAUACGAUGACGACAUCCACGAGAACAGUACUGAAGUUCCCGAAUGUCGACCACUGAGUGAAGUUACCGACUCAUCUUUCCAGUCUAUCAUGAGUCGCUCGCUAUCUCUUCGACUUCAAGCAUGUUCUCUCAUGCACUCCCCACGGAUCAGCUGUCGAUAUGAGGAUAUUCAGCGCCUAGACAGUGAGCUCACCCGGCAUCUUUCUCGGAUUCCUACGUGGGUGAUAGCAGACCCCAAUGACAUCGUCACCCAGCACAAAGUAACAUUGUGGAAAGGUUUGAUUGAGACCAAACUUUCCCAGUCCUUAUUGUCUGUCCAUACCCCUUUCGCCAUUGAAGCACGGCGAGAAUCACUCUUUGCUCCCUCCGCGCGUACUCGCUUGGAUGCUGCGAUCAGAAUACUGUCCACCCAGCGCCGGGUACACGAGAUCUCGCGAACUCUAUCGCUAUCUAUGCUUGGUGAAUGGACUAUCCAAGCCUAUAUUUCUAUUUGCCAAUUGCUACACACAACCGAAUUCGACAACUCUGCUCCCUCCCACCCCAUCUCAUCAACCUUUAUUCUCCACAAUAUACCCGGUAUCCCCGAGUCGCUCCUAUCACUCGUAGAAACAGCUCUGAUCGCCCUGGAAGAGCGCUCCAUUUUAAUGACCAAGGGAGCAAAAGACUAUUAUUUCCUCUCAACGAUCGUCGCACUAGUCAAAUCCCGACUCUGGCCGACACAGGCAACUAUGUACAAGCAGCAGGUUGUCGAGCGGGUCCUAUCAUUUGCGCAGAUUCUCUUCACCCGCCAUAUGAACUGCGACCACCUCGGCGACAAGGGGAUGGGCAAUUUCAAGAACAACCAGGUGGCUGCAUUUAUGGCGGCUCCCACAAUGACACCUGUGAUGCAGCCCGAAUUUGAUCCCAAUGGGAUGCAUCCACCGCCGCAACCCGGCGUGAUACCGCCUGGCGAGUUCGAUCCUUUCUUAGAGAUCUUCGAUUGGGAGGAUCUGACAAGCAUGACGUUUCCCUGUUGA